AUGAAAGCUGCAAUUGAAAAAGUUAGAGGGAAUUUGUCAACUCAUAGAAUGACAAUAAAAGAAAUCGUUUAAGAGGUUCUUAAAAAGUCUGAUACAGAUUUUGAUGAUGAUGAAGAUCUUAAAGUAAUUUAUUGAAGUUAUUUAAUAUUAAUAGAACAUAGUGACUUUACUUUAAAAAGAUCCAAGUUAAAGAACAUAAUUAGAUGUAGAUAAAAUAAGAUUGUCAUUCUUUAGAUUUAAGUUUUUCUAAGAAUUGGAAUAGUCAAUGGGAGCUGAAUUAGUGUAAGGAUUAUAUAAAUAAUUGGGUUAUGAAUUGUAAAGAAAAAGACAGAUAAUAUUUAAUAUAGGUGACUUAGGAAAAAAGUUUUAUAUUAUUCUCAAAGGCAGUGUUUGGGUUCUAGUUUAGAAAAAAGGUUUAUAAGAAGGUUCAGGUCCUACAGAAGAAGAUUAGAAAUAAGAAGAACAAUUAAAAAAUGAGAAAAAUAAGGAGAUGAUGGAAAAUAUGAAAAAAAGCACAAAAAGAAAAAAAACAAAAGUAAAGUCUUAAGCAUUUGUAACUUAAAUAACAUUAGAUGAUAUUUUUGCUACAAUGACGGAUUAAGAAUAUCUAGAUAGUCAAUUUCCAACAUUAACAAAAGUAGGAAUAAUUAAUGCAGGUGAGAGUUUUGGUGAAAUAGCAUUAACAAAGUAAGUUCCAAGGACAGCUACAAUAGUAGCAGCAGAAGAUACAUAUUUUGCUACUGUUACAAGAGAUUAAUUUAAUAAAUUAUUAUCUGUAUAUUAUGAGGCAUAAUAAAAACUGAAUGUUGGAUUUUUAAGCAAAGUUGCCAUAUUUUCAGAUUGGAAUGAAUAGAUGCUAAAUCAAUUAUAUUAUCAUUUUAAAUUAGAAGAAAGAAAAUUAUUCUAAGUAAUAUACAAAGAAGAUGAAGAUGCAAAGUAUAAUAUAAUUUAUACAAUUUAGUAAUAUUUAUUUACUCAAAUAAGGAGAAAUAGAAUUAUCACGAGCUGUUGAUAUUACAUAAUAAUCAAUAAUGCCAAAUCUAACUAUUUAAAAAUUCUUGAUAAAAUCAGAAAGAAAAUUAGAAAGAGUUCGAACAUCAGUAAUAACUCCAGGAUAGAUUUUUGGACAUGAAGAAGUAUUUAUAAUUUAAAUUUUUAGGUUUUAAGUGGUACUAAAAGACAAUAUAGAGCCAUGAGUAUAAGUUAGAAAGUUGUUUAUUUUGUAUUAGAUAAAUAAAGAUUUUUACAAUACUUUUAGAGGGGAUAAGCAAUUUAGAAACUCUAAAAAUUUGAUGCUAAAAAAUUAAAUUAAAGAACAUAAUCUUUAGAUAUAAUUAAAGAGCUUAAAAAAAUACCUUUAUUUAUUGAACAUAGAGAUAUUCCUUUUAUAGAUGCAGAUAAGAAUAAAUCUAAAUCUAAACAUUCAGUUGAAAGAAUAGGAAAUCCAGUAGAACAAACAGGAUAUGAAAUGUUAUAAGGACAUGGACAUAUCAAUAAAGCUCAUUAUAAUUUUAGGAGGAAUAUCGAUAUUAUUAAAUAAAAUAUUCAAAAUAGUGAACCAUUGUCAUUAGACAAAGCUCUAUUCCAUAUUGAAGCUAGCAAAGGUACUUAAAUUAGCAUUAUUAAUAAAGUAAGAAUUAUUUAUAAGUAGGUUUUCCCUGCAGCUGCAAGACCUAAAUAUUCUAUACCAGAAUGCUCUAUUUCAUCAUAAACUAUCAUUAAAUCUUUAAAGCUACCAAAAAUCUUAACAGAAGUGGAUUCUGUCAUGCUUAAUAGGACAAAUUAGGAAUAUUUGAAUAGUUUUAAAGCUUCUUCCAUUUAUUCAGUAGGAUUGCUUAAUGAAUCAUAAAAGACAUUAAAUUGA